AUGGCGACGCCGGCGACCGCAGCGCCGUCGAGCGACGGCCUGUCGCCUGCACCACUCGCCUCGUCCGCGUCGCCAGGUGCGCCUGUCGGCGGCCAUCGAGCGGCGGCAGCAGUCGCGGCAGAUCCUCGCCUUCCGCCGCCCAUCGCGGUCGAGCCGGCCGGCGCAGCGCUCGGCGCACCCGUUCAGCCGCAAGAGUCGCGUCGCUCGCAUGACCUGAGCCGGCCCAGUACACCGGGGCGGUCCCAGUCGUCUCGAGAUCACACGUCGCCGCACAAGCACACUCGACACUACAAGCACCACGAGGCGGCACCCCGCAAGCUGCUCAAGCGCCUCAACUCGCUCUUCAACCCGUCCUCGCAGCACCACUCGAAGCACUCGCGCCCGUCCUCCGCCGCAUCCUCUCGACCCGCCUCGGUCCUGUCGUCCAUGCGCCCUUCCGGCGCGCACACACCCUUGACGGCUGAGCCCUCGCCGAUCGAGCGUGUCGAGCCUGUCGCCAACAUUCGCCCGAACCUCAAGCUGCGCCUCGUCACGUUCAACAUGCACGACUCGCUCCCGGCGCCGACGGGCGACCUGAGCGAGUUCCUCGGCGACCUGUCGCAGUUCCCCGAGGAGCACUUGCCGCGCAAGCGCCGCCACAGCAGUCGCAGCUCGCGCGGCAGCACGAUGACGGUCCCGCUCCCCGAGCGCGACGACGACGGCCUGCCGACCUUCCCGCUCGCCGAGGGCCACCCGUACCACGUCAUUGUCGUGUGCGGCCAAGAGUGCCCGACGGCGAGCGGCGUCCUCGCCGGCAAAGUCCAGCGCUUUGACGGCAGGGGCUGGACCUCGCGGCUCGAGUCGUACCUGUGCGGCGGGUGCUCGCACUCGUCGCCCGAGUCGUCGUCGGACGAGGACGACGGCGGCGGUGGCGGCGACACGGCGUCGAUCCCGUCGCGGCCGGGACGAGGCCCGUACGUCCUCGUCGAGAAGGAGCGCCUCAUGGGCAUCUACUGCGCCGUGUUCGUCGCUAAGUGCUGCGAGGGCCUCAUCAAGGGCGUCAGUACGGGCCGGGUCACGGCGGGCUUGAUGGGCGGCAGGAUGGGCAACAAGGGCGGCGUCGGCAUCUCGCUCCACCUGCAUCAGACUCGGCUCCUGUUCAUCUCGGCGCACCUCGCCGCGCACGCGAGCGGGCUCGACUUCCGCAAGGCCAACGCGCUCAAGAUCCUGGACGAGCUCGUCGUCGACGACUUCUGGAACAACCGCGACGGCGAGCAAGGACCGCGACCCGAAAAGCUCGUCGACCGCUUCGAUGGCGUCUUCUUCGCCGGCGACCUCAACUUCCGCCUCAACAUCUCGCGCCUCCAUGCCGACUGGCUCGUACGCGCCAAGGACUUCUCGAGCGCCCUGCGGUUCGACCAGCUCCGCGACGUGCUCGCCGAGACUGGCGGCUGCUUCGACGGCUUCCGCGAGGGCGCCAUCGUCUUCCCGCCGACGUACAAGCUCGACGUGCCGACCAAAAAGGCCAAGAAGAAGCGCAGCACGUUGCUCCGCCUCGCCGGCGCCGGCAGAACGGCCGACAAGGUGCGAGAGCGAGCGGCGACCGACCCUGUCGCCCUCCCGUCGGGCCUUGCGCCGCCGCCACCUCUCGGCGGCACGACCGACGGCGCGACGACGGCGACCGAGGACGACUCGAUCUCGCUCGUCUCGUCGGCCGGCACCAUCUCGACCAUGGACACGACGCUCGACUGUCCGCUCGACUCGCCGCAGGCCGUCGCCGCGCGAGACGACCUGUCGUCCCUCGGCAUGCCCGUCCCGCCGACCGAGGCGCGCAAGGCGCAGGUCCGGUUCCUCACGCUCGUCAAGCGCAACUCGAACUCGGCCGCCCUCGAGUACGCGCGCCGAGCUCGAGACGCGAGCGAGGGCUCGACCGGCGCAGGUGGUCGGUCACGGCGAGGAACGCUCAGCGCGCUCUUUCCGCCGCGACCUAUCUUGCGCACGAGCCAGUCGGCGGUCGUCGUGCCGACGACGACGAUCCCGGCGUGCGAGGAGGAGACCGGCGGCGAGGGCGAGCCGGACGCGUUCGCGGUGGACGAAGAAACGGGGUCGGCCGAGCCUGUGUUUGACACGUCGAAGAAGCAGCGCGUGCAGAGCUGGACCGACCGCAUCCUCUUCCGCACCCACUUCCACCCGCCACAACCAGCAUCUCCACCUCCACCCGUCGCCGCCGCACCCGCCCUGCAGCCCGUCGACAGCCCUCAGAGCGAGCUGUCUCUUCCUCCUCGUCCCGCCUCGGCCGAUCAGCCCCACCGCAUCCGCUUCGGCGCCGUCUCGACCGACACGCUCGCCAGCUCGCCCGACAUCGACGAGCCGACGUCGCUGUGGCGCCGAGCCAAGUCGAUGGUGCUCGACCCGCCGUCCGACACGUCGCCUCCUCCCUCGGCCACGACGACCCCGCCUCGUCGCCCUCGACCUCGCAAGAAGUUCACUCUCUCGGGCUCGGGCUCCUCGUCCGACGAGGACCUCUCUCGUCGCUCGAGCCCGGCCCUGUCGCUCUCGCGACCGCCGCUACCGCACUCGGCCUCGGACCCGUCGACGCACGAGCCGCGCCGUCACUCGCGCCCGCCCGGCGCGUCGAGCACCUCGCCCGUCUCGAGCGGCUUCCCGCGUGCGCGCACGUUCUCGGCGGCGCUCAACAAGCUGCAAGAGCGCGCACCGACGGGCCGGCUCGGGCACGGUCACGGCCAGUCGGCGUCGGCGUCCGGCGCGAGCCUCAACACGCGCCUCAAGUCGUUCCUGUCGCUCCUCCCGCUGCGCCAGUUCGCCUCGUCGCCGACGCGAGCUGUCGAGGUCGUCGCCGCCGAGCCGCUCGAGGUCGAGAAGGUCGGGCCCGUCGAGGGCGAGGUCCAGAUCAUCCGUUACGACUGCGUGCGCGAUCUCGCCCGCAUGGGUGCCGUCAGCGACCACCGCCCGGUCUUUCUCGUGUGCGCGCUCGGCGUCAAGGAGAACGAGACGCAGCAGGACGACGAGGGAGCCGAGGAGGAGCGAGUCGCAGGGCGCUAAUCUAGCUGUGCGCGCCGCAGCACCUUUGUCUUUAGACCUCUCUCUCUCCCUUGUUUGCGAGCUUGUAUUCCACGCAGUUGUCCGCCGCCG